AACCUCACAAGUGGCAAAGACGUAAAGAUAAUGGUCUGAACUUCGAUAAAACGCUCAUAUUGACAUGCCUGGGGUUCCAACACUGCCAAUAGAACUGAUUAUACAGAUUCUCAACAUUCUCGAUUACAAGGGGUUGCUCAAAUGUAGACAGAUAUGCAAACAAUGGGAUCUUCUCAUCCAAGGCGACACGAGCCUAAUAUACAAGGUCCAUCUCGCCGUCAACGGAAUGGAAGAUAGCAAUUCCAGCAGUAUGAACGUAGUCGAACGCCUGCGCACUCUUAAGGAACAUGGUGAUGACUGGGGCAAACUACGGUUUACGCAGGAUGAGAUUGUGGAUAUGAACACACCAGCAAACUGCGUGUGGGAACUUCAAGGAGGUGUCCUGACCCAAGCGAGGGAUGAGAGAACAUUGGUCUUUACGCAGAUCCCUUCUCAGCUUCGUCACAUCCAAAAGAGAACAUGGACAUUGGAUAAUCUCGAUGUCGUUGUGGCCGAUUAUUGCAUCGAUCCUUCUCAGGAUCUCCUGGUGAUUGCGGGGGAACGAGCUGACGGUAGUGCACCUGCCAACAUCCACCUGCGCACAUUGUCAAGUGGUGAUACUCAUCCACGCGCUUCCAAUGUAAUCCUAGCAUACGGUCACGAUUAUAUUGGACAUUCACAUAACAUUCGGAUUUCCGGGGAUCAUGUAGCAAUUUGCUGGAGUGGGAAACUAUUGUCCAUCUGGAACUGGAAAUCUGGGGUACUCCAAAUGGCUUUGAAGGGCCACCAUCUAACAUUCGCAUUUCUUUCCGACGACCAUGUCCUGAUCCCGCGGUACCAUGAAACUAGGGUCGAUCUUAUCGCGAUCAACUUCAGGCUCGCCUCCUCUACAUUGACUGCUGUGGACGACAUCGAGUACGACUGCGCCUUUGGGCUUCCUCCCGUAAAUCCGCAUUCGCAAGACAUCAACGUUUCUAUGCGGUACGGCCCAGCUGUUCCUAACGCAUCUCGCCUUGCUCCGUUUCAUAUCUCACAGGAGGAUUUCCUCCUUGUAGUUUAUCUUACCGGCGUAACGAGUCGAUGGAGAGUUGGAUUGGAUCGAUUCAUGAUCCCAGCCUCCACGUUACUGCGUCAUCUUGAAGCACUCCCAAGUCACACGGAUGAUAGGUUCCGAAUAGACUGGGAUGAAUGGGGUCCAACCGGCUGUCAAGUAUCCCCCCUCUGCCCCGGAUAUUCAAACAUAUGGAUUCGUAACGUAUACGGUACACGAUUUGUUGAAUUGGAAGACAAAAACACGGACGAGUCAGGGUGCAUCAGGUUAUUCUUCGCCGACUUCAACCAAGUGGCUGCUCGGAAGGGAACAGUCGAAGGACAACCUCUGCAAACUGCUGUACACAUCACGGAGGCCGUGUCAUCGGACCUAUUCCAGGGCCCUGUGACGACUUCAUUGCCAUUCCGAUCAAGAACGUGUACUUUAUCGUCCAAAACCGAAGAGCGCUAUGAAGGUGUUAUGGUCAGUGAAGAUGCAAUCGUGUUAGUCCGAUACACUGCAAGUUCAACUACGCUUUUCCCGGUGUUUUCUAGAACUGACGUCUGUCAUCAUAGCGAAACUUCCGAACUCAAUUCCGUAUCCUGAGCAUCUGACAUCGGUUCCGUUAGUUCCGAUUCAUCGUAUUUGGCAACACCGAAUGCGUCUUCGGACGGCGGAGCUGGUCAAAGUUGGAAACUUAUCUGACUUCUGGUCACACCACGACUCUUCCCUUUCAACACCUACGGAUUCCCGCACAGAUAUCUGUGGGUGCUCUAGUGAGAGUGUUUACAUAGCGAAAUACAUACCGUCCAUGGUAACGAUAACAUCUUUGAUCUAUAUAUACAGAAGUGACGUACCCGCUUAGGAUCGUGACUUGAGACAUGCUGCCUUGUGCGUAGACCAAUCUCUACAAUAGCAGAGAGGUGGAGAUCAGUCGAACUGAAGAAAACAGAAGUACAAGAACAACGCACUGAGAUUGGCAUUUCCGAGAACAAUAGAAUACCGACCAGCAACCUUUACACACGCGUAUGGAAUGCAGGUGCGACCGUGUAAACGGAUCAUAGUGGUAUCGACAGGGACACAGUGACCAGUGGCACACCCUCGCGUAAGGUUUGAUUUGUGCAUGUUCAUCGAAGUCCGCAGGGAUUACAUUGAACGUGAGUCCAAAGUGCGAACCAAACUCCACCAUAGCUUGCAGCACCACUUGACGCAAAGGAGCGAUGGCAGAAUCGAGAGAAUUGAGUCCAGAAAGAAGCGGAUACCACCAUGAUGCAAUAAGGCUGGCCAUUUGGGCAUAGAAGUUGGUAAUAUAUCCAGAUAUGCGUUGAGAAUCCAUUAUGUAUGCCUUCAAAAAUCCGCGGAAGCCGUCUAAAAGCUUUCAUCAAGGAAGUGCGAUACUAUCAUGCAGAUGUACUACGCUCACUUAUGGCCCAUAUAUCUUUUUGUU